UCUGAGACGCGGGAUUCGGCUCUUCAGCGACCCCUAGUGUUGGAGUCGGGAAUCAAGGUCCUGUAAUCGCAACUGGGCGCGUGCGCUAGGACUUCCUAACAAGAAGGGGUGCGCCCUGAAAGUCGGGGUCGUCUGGUUUGGGGGAAGGUUUGUCCUCUCUCCGUUGAGUCUUCACGUCCUCUCGGAUUACGGGGAGAGGACGGACGUCCUCAAGUCUUCUCGGACGGCGCGCGCUGGCCAUAAUGGCACCGCGGCUGCCCCUCCUGGUCGCAGUCCUGGCCAUCUGCCUGCUUCCUGCCAGGGGCUGUGUCUUAUGUGAUCCAAAGGUGAAGAAAGAGCUGGACAAUUUAAGGACAGCUUACCUGCCUGAUCACCUGGACCAGCAGCAUCACGAAAGCUUUAUGUUAAGGGUAAAGCAGGCUGUGAAGGAAUUCAACGAUCUGGAGAUUGACGAGAAUUCCUUUAUGGGGGUCAUUGACCAGCAUACACUGGAAAAGGUGUCCUGGAGUUUGAUCAAGGAUAUUAAACGCAUGACGGAAAGUGCAGUAAAAGGUGAGCUAUUUGUGAAAGAGUUCUUCUGGAUGUUGAAGAUACAGAAAGAUAUCUAUGCACGACACAUGGCUCGGUUCCAAAAAGAGGUUUUUUGUCCCAACAAAUGUGGUACCAUGCUGCAGACUCUGAUCUGGUGUCAGACCUGCGAGAAGCAGGUUCAUUCUUGUCACAAGUCCGUCUUCUGCGGGGAACGCCUCGUCAAGGUCCAUCGUUUGGAAGACCUGGUCCUCAAUUGCGAGCUCAGCUGGCAUCAAGCUGCUGAAGGCCUGACCAAGUACAGCUUUUAUAGGGUCUGGAAGAACAAUACUGAGAGUUUGGUGUCCGAGGGAAAAGAGCCCACCCUUUCCAAGCCCAGGGUGGGUCCAGAAGAUGAAGGGAAAUACCGCUGCGUGCUCGGCUCCGUGCAAAAAACCCCAGCCACGAUCCUCAGUUUCACUGUCAAAGUGUUGCCCGAAAGACUUGAAGAGGAAACACUGCCAACCAGCGCAGAUAACCUCACUGUCGCCCACUUCCACGAUGCCACCAAGACCAAA